UGAAAUACGAAAAAAGAACUAAUAGUUUAAAAGAUUCAAAUAAGUACUACUAAAGAUCAAGAGCCAUUUACAGGAAACAGGAUUCGUGAAGAAAUGUUUCUCAUUUAAAUACUCGUGGUUAUGUCAAAACCGCAAUCAGGAAGGUGCAUUAGAAAGCUAAAGCGAACGCAGUGAAUGCCUUUGAGCACCACGCAAAAAAUAUUUUAGUGUUGUAAGGAGCAGCUAGAGUGUAACAAGUUCCAUAUUAAAAUCUGUGCUUUAUUUGUGCAUAACUAAAAGGUUUUCUUCUCCGUUAGUGAUAAUUAAAAAAUGACUGAAGUGAAACAACUAUUGGAUUCUGGUCUUUUUAUUGACAUUAUUACGUAAUUUUUAAUGAUGAAAAAGAGCUACUUCGGUUAUCAGUUGCACCAAAUAAGAAUAACUGAUAAGAAGAUUAAAGACGGCCAUAAAUUACGAGGUUUUCGUUAGCUCGGCAAAAGAGUGGCACUCGGAUUUGUUCGUCAUCCAUUUCGUCUUGACUUCUUCCGGGCAUUGAAAAUGGGAACUGAAACUCCAUUUUUACUGAUAGUUCUUCUUGUGAAUACCAUGACGGCCCUAUCCGACCAACCGGACUCUGCUGAUCUCUUAUCUUGGCAGCAUGUUCCGGCUGUCAACAACGGCCGCUCAUCUGGCGAGGUAAGGGAUAACCUGAUUCGUCCUGAUCCGCAUUUUCGGUGCCCAAGCGAUGGCGUGUGGCCCCACCCAUUUCAAUGUAACCUCUACUACACUUGCUACCUGGACAACCCCGCAUACCUCUGGAAGUGCAGAGAUGGCCUUCUUUAUGACUUACUUCACGGAAGUUGUAAUCUUCCAUCGCUAACAAUCUGUGGCGACCGCGUACGAUCGGGCAUUACCAAUUUCUUUGACAUAGUUGCAAGUUCCCCCACUGCUACGGAGCCCAGCUUCAUAUGCCCGGAUGAUGGAUUCUUUCCUAUUAGUCCGAACGCUUGUUCAAUAGAGUUCUUCAAUUGCGUGGAGGGCAUUGCGUAUCUUCAGACUUGCCCUGGAAACGGUAUAUUUGAGCCAAGUCAAAGUACCUGCGUUGCUCCGGAUCAUGCUCUAUGCAUGCAAACUAUGACGACAAUACCAAAUCCUAUUGUCCCCUAUUUGUGCACGGAAGAUGGAUUCUACCCAUUUAGUCCGAAUGCGUGUUCAACGAGCUACAUCAACUGCUUCGCAGGCGUGGCGUAUGUUAAUACUUGUCCAGGAGACGGAGUGUUUGAUCCCGUACAGAGGAUUUGUGUAUCUGCUGACGCAACCGUUUGUGGAUUCAUAUGCCCAGCCCAAGACGGUUUGUAUGGUUUUCCGGAUGAGUGUUCUAAUCGGUUUUAUUCAUGCGUUCAAGGCGUGGCAAACGAGAAUUUUUGUCCUGGAGAUUUCAUCUUUGACCCUGUAAGAGGUAUCUGCGCUGCACCGGAGACAGUGGAUUGUUAUCAAAGUUCGACGACGAACAGCAAAACCACUGAAACAACUCAGAGACAAACCAUUUCAGCUACAACGGUUCAGCCUCCCGUUGAAUUCGUUUGUCCAGAAGAUUAUGGAUUCUAUCCUAAUCCAGAAAACUGUACAACAUUUUACCAAUGUACUGGUGGCAAACCCUACCUCAAAUCGUGUCCAGACGGGUUAUACUUCAAUCCGGAAACAAUAUACUGCGAUUAUCUUGACAACGUUCCGUCAUGUCAAGAAGAUGUGUCAUUACGUUCCAUAGAGCUAAUGGCUGCCUGGAACUUGGAGAUUAGCCGACAUAGUGUUGAGAUGCGCCGUAAGAUGGUAGAUGCACUUCGUCAACUACGUGCCAAACUGACAUUGACAGGAAAGGCGUGAAGGUCGUUGAAGACCCAUGGAAUUCCGUCAGAGUAUUUAAGUUUAGGAUGUGAAUAUGAGAUUAUGAGUUCAUUCUUCAUUGGGAAUAUGUGUCAGAUAGUGGGAUUAAGAUAAGAAAGUGCAGUGGUUUCUUCGCACCAUACAAAAUGACCGGAAAAAAUCUCAAGAAACGAACCUGAAUUGAAAUAUGGAUGAAUUUGACAUGUGAGUCUUGUUAGUUAUUGAAAACAACGAGUCACUAAAACCUAUCAACGGAUACCUGGUUACACAGGCGGUAUCUAUUGAGUUACUCCAUCUUAAUUUUGCAAGAAUUUCUAUGAUCCAUUAUUUACUUCAAUAGCUGAUACCAGAAAAAAAAAAACUUUUGAAUGAAAAUCAACUUGUAGUUCCAGCUAAACAAAACAACUACAACUCCUUCACAAAACUGACAUUGAGCUUGUUCACCUUUGGGCCAUUUUGUUUUGUGACAAAAGUCUAAUUUUUCCAGUAAUUGAAAAAAAGUGAAGGCUUGUCACUUUUGAGUUUGCUAUCCAAGGCAGAAGAUAUAGCUUUUUUUUGCUAUAAAACUUCAAUGCAAUAACAGUUCUGAAGACUCAAUUAAACUAGCUGAGUAUGCUCUGACCAAAUUA